GCGCACACACACAGUCUCAUUCGUUGCCGAACUAGAGCGAGAGAAAGUUGGUAAACGAAUUCGGCGCCGAAAGUGAAAAUAGUGUCGAUAGCAGCGUCGAUAUACGUUAUAGGAGCAACGAGAUUUCAGCGCCGAGUGUAAAACUACGAUUCGAAAUUGAAGCUAAAAAUGAACGUCCGCUUAUUUCUCUGCGUCACCAUCGUCAGCGGCGUCAUCGGCAGCAAUGGCUACGCCGCCGCAGCUACCGCUGAUGCCUACGCGACCAAGGCACCCGAAUACUUCACGACACGGACGUACGGACCAGUUCAUGACGGACAGCUGAGCGGACGCGGUCACAAGACUACUAGAGUGAACGUUGAUCUUUACGGCCAGGCUCUAGGGAAGCUCUUCUCACGCGACGAUGCCGAGCGCUCAGACUCCAGCACCAAGGUCAUCGGUUACCAUCUCAAACACACGUACGUCGUACCAUGUAGCUAG